AUGUCGAACCAAUCUAUGGCGACGGCGACGGCGACGUUCCAUGCUCCACUCCAUCUUCCCAUCGUCGGCACAACCAACGAUGGCAUCCUGCCCCUGGACCUGCUCUACGACCUCCUGCUCCGCCUCCCCGACAAGCCGCUCUGCCGCUUCCGUGCUGUCUGCAGGGCGUGGCAGUCCUUGCUCUGCCACCCGGACUUCAUCGCCGCUCACGACCACCGCCACCCUUGCCAGCGCCGAGCCGUCGGCGUGUACCGCUAUGGCCGGACAAGCCCCAGCAUCCUCGUCCUGGACAUGGACACCGGCCUCCUGAUCAAACGUCUAUGCCACGACGGCCCAACCCACAACCACGGCCCCCUGAGUCCUGACCGAGCGGUCUGCGUCCACAGCUUGGACAUGCGGCUGCGCCUCCUCGACCACGUCACCGGUGCCGUCUCCGUCUUACCCAGGCCCGCGCCACCACGCAACUGUGUGGUCGUCUCGUACUCGCUCGGCCGGGUGGCCUCCACUAGCGAAUACAAGGUCCUGGCCGUGGUCACCCUGGUGCAACCUCGGGGGCAGGUCUGCAAGAUCCUAACCCUCACCGACGGCCAGCAGCACUGGAGGGCAACAGGCAAACCUCUUUUCGAGUCGAGGGGUGUCGCCUACUUCCUAGUUGUCGACGAACGGAUGGACAAGUACGCCGCCGCCGACUGGAUCAUGGGGUACCACCUGGACAGUGAGGCAUGGCGAUCGGCCGCCAUCAAAGGCCCGGCGGGCACCCUCGAUGUUGGUCUUGCCGGGUUGGACGGCCGUCUCAUUGUGUGCCACGACGACCGCCGCACCCGCGUGCAGUUGUGGUCUCUCGUGGAACCCGAUCAGUCUCUCUGGUCCAUGCUGCAUAGGAUCGUCAUGCCUGGCCAUACGCUCGCCCGGACGCCACUAUGGUCACGCUUUCGCGCGUAUGUCGAGAAGCCACUGGCGGUGCUCGAAGAUGGGCAGAUUGUGAUGCGGAUGCGGGUGAAGUCAGCGUUGCAGUCCUCCUUCCCCAACACAGUCUUGCGUUUAUAUGACCCGAGAACCGGAACUUCCACCGACGCGGCGAGGAUGAUGGACUGCCACGACGUGAGCAUUUACACAUGUAGCAUGUUGCACUCAGGCCUCGGAGAUAGAACGUACCAGUGGUAG